CACUCUCGGCGAGGAAGCAGCACAAAGCAGAGACGCUCGGCUACCAGCUCACACGCUCAGCACACACACCUCCUCACCAACGCCCCGGGAUCUGGAGCUUCACUGAGGGAGGAAAGAAAGGAAGGAAAAAGACCAGUGCAGGAGAAACAAAACCAGCCAGGUUCUCAAGUGAAAGAGCUUCCUCCGGAGGAACCCUGCUGACUGACAACAACCUCUGCGCGGCAGCUCCAUGAGCUCAUAACCAGCACUCCACCUGAGAGAGUGUGUGUGGCGGUGGGGGGGGGCACCAUGCUGUGGACGGUGCUGCUGGCGCUCCUGGUGCUUCUGCUGCUACAGACUCAGCUGGCCACCUGCUUAAGGGACCUGCGCGGCGGGGGUUCACCUCUUCGUCCCCCUCCAUCCUCCUCCUCCUCCUCCUCCUCCUCCUCCUCCUCCUCCUCCUCCUCCUCCUCCUCCUCUUCUUACAAUGCUACCCAGCAGCGGCUGCCUGGGGCUAUUAUCAUCGGUGUGCGGAAAGGUGGCACCAGAGCCCUGCUGGAGAUGCUCAACCUGCACCCGGAUGUGGAGGUGGCCAAGGCUGAGGUGCACUAUUUCAACGUGGAGGACCACUACCGCCGGGGUCUAGACUGGUACCGGGCCCAGAUGCCGGUCACCCUCCCCAGCCAGCUGACGGUGGAGAAAACCCCCGGGUACUUCGCGGCUCCUCAGGUUCCGGCCCGCGUGCUGGACAUGAACCCCGCCGUCCGCCUGCUGCUCAUCGUCCGGGACCCGGCGGAGCGGCUGGUGUCCGACUACACGCAGGUCCUCCACAACCGCCUGACGCAGCUGAAGCCCUACCAGCCACUGGAGCAGCUGCUGCUGCAGCAGGGCCACAUCAACCCUCGGUACAAGGCGCUGCAGAGGAGCCUGUACCACCAGCACCUGGCCCGCUGGCUGCAGCUCUUCCCUGCGGAGCAGAUACACGUGGUGGACGGAGACGCCCUCAUCCAGGACCCCUUCCCGGAGCUGAGGAAGGCCGAGAGGUUCCUGGACCUGCCGCCCCGGAUCAACCCCAGCAACUUUUACUUCAACACCACCAAGGGCUUCUACUGCCUCCUCUCCGCGGGACACGACAAGUGCCUGGACGAGUCCAAGGGCCGACCCCACGCGCCCCUCAGCGCCCAAGCCUUGAAGAAGCUGUGCCGGUACUUCAGGAACCCCAACAAGUUGUUCUUCGAGAUGGUGGGAAGGUCGUUUUCCUGGUGUUGAUCCGGCAGCGAGGAUCUGCAGAGGAGGAAAGCGACUCGUGUGAUUUUUUAAAACAAUAAGAGCCUUCUAGGCCCUUUAAUACAUGAUCGUGUCUCCUUGUCCUACUCGGGUGUAAAAGUGGCCGGGACAGUCUGAGGACCUGCUGGCGAAGCCGAUGGCGUGUUUCCUGAACUUUGAGGCGACGUAGAAGUAGAGGCGUCUGAACGGACUAUUGCACUGUGACCGAACUGCUUUGAAAGUCAAUCGAUGUAAAUAAUCUCAGAUUUGCUUUGAUUCUUUCUUUUUUUUCACUGUAAAAUUGUUGUGUGUUUAUUAAACUUUUUUAGCUGCA